AACGCCCUCGCGCCUUUUUCACAGUCGUGUUCCCCCCUCCUUCAGCUCCUGGGCCAUCUCGAGCUUCAGACGCCUGCCCGCCAUGCCAGGCCUCUUUUCUCGACUCAAGGCGCGGGACGGCCUUCGGUCCAAGAAGAAGCAGGCGGCCCACGACCUGGCCAGCGCGCUGCCCGCGAAGCCCAAGUGGGAUGAUGCCUACGCUCGCAAGACGGUCGAACCCGAGGAAAUUCACGACCUUCUCCACUACUGCACCGAGGAGCUCAAGGCGCGAGGCCUCGACAUUCCUUUCCUCCUCCUGCCCUUUCGCCCGACCUCCGAUCCGAGCGCCGUGCGCACCUUUGUCAGACACUUUUUCGAUCAUGGCUACGCCCUCAGGGGCGAAACGCUCGUCCAAGAGCUUCGCAUGACCGAGCCCAUGGUCAUAUCUGGUGUUGUGAAAUGGUGCUGGAGUCGACUCCAAGGCGGCGUCGUUGGCUGGGACGCCUAUGAGCUAUUCAAGGUUGGAGAGUUUGACUCCCACAAGGCCAGAGACUCGUUCAAGACAUUCAUUCCGAUCAGUGUGGAGAAUGGGGCUCGGCAGCGCAUCAUCUUCGACUUUUUUGACUUGAUCGCCGCCGUUGCCGCACAUGGCAAGUCAAACGGUUUCGGUGGUCGGCAGCUGUCUCGCAUGGCCGCCUGGUGGGCCUUUGAACACAAAGACACCGGCAGUGGCUUCGAUGGCGGCUAUAAGGCGUGGCUUAGCGCCGCCGACGCAACAAGCCACCUAUUCUUCGCCUACCUCCGAUCACUGACGCCAGAGCAGAGCCCAACCGGGAUCUCUCUACUGCCCAGGUCGCUCGAGAAGCUACUCAAGGACACCGAAUACCCACCUCCUAGGUCGCAGGGGAUGAUGACGAGCACCAACAAGUUGGUAAUGAUGGUCGACGCAGUGUCUCCUACUCCAUUUGCCCUGCUUCGGCGUGCCGGGCAUUUCCAAUAUCGUGACACGGAUCGGGGGUUGCAAGAGUUCUCCGACUACGAAGACCCGGUCAAGGCUCUGACCGAGGAGUGCCUCCGAGUUCUAAAGGCCAUCUCGGCCGCGAACCAGUCGCAGGCGUCUAGCGCCAAGCAUUCGACCAGCCUGCGAGACGCAUCCUGGUCGCGUUUCGAGGACAUGGGCUUCAGCACCCCUCUCACGGAGGAGGAUGAGGACACCGACGAAAAUGGCCCAUCAUCGAGGCAUCCUCAUGCCAUGCGCCGAACCGCUGCAUCGGGCACCGACCUCGGCCGGCCGACGACGCCAUCCUGGGCCGACUUCCUGUCGUCAGGCUUUGUGGACGACAAUGGGGCCCGCUCGAACUUGCUUCUGCCGCCGGACAAGGUCUUGCCGCCUAUUGAGACGGGAAUCCGACAGCACAGCUCGUCCCAGUCCCACAGACCACGACUUGAGUCGGACCGUCAUCUCGAGCCCGGUGAGCUUGCUAGCAUUACCAUCAUUGAACUCGAUGACGCUUUCUGGUGGGUCUGGAUGAGCAGUCUCGCUCCGGAGGAGACUGCGGAAAGGAAGUCUGCAUUUGGCAGGUGCGCGUUGAUCGAGACGAGGAUCUUCAGCGCUCGCUGGAUUGUCAUGGAGGAGAUGGUCGCCGGCGCGGCGCCUGAACCGCAGGAAGGCGCCUACAUCGCCGAGAAGAAGAUUUUCUUCAGCUGGACGAAGCGAAGCAAGACCCUCCGACGCAAAUCGAUUGGGAAACACGCCCUGGACCAAGGCGACAGCAACGGCAGAAACUUUGCAGACAGCAAGACGACUCUCAACGGUGAAACCCACGCAAGAGUCCAGGCCAAGGCAGCUCAGCUUCGCGCUAUGAAGGAUAGGGAACAGCAAGCUGCUUCCCAGGUCACUCAGCGCCGCGGCCGCACCGAUGCGGAGCUUUUGGCAGAGAAGACUAACAGUGUUUUCACACUCCAACCGCACAUCGUUGGCGAAGCAUCGUCUGCCAUGAAAUGGGUCAAGAAGUACGAUAAGGGCACUAUCAAGGAUGCCUACAUGGCCAACAGCAACGCCGGACGAGGGCUCACCGUUUCUCCUGGCCUCUCGGAGCAUACCAACGGCGCCUCCGCCGCCAACGGCUUGGCUGCCAAUGGUUCAGUUUCACCGGGCAUGAAUGGUCGCAAGCCUGUCGAACACGUCGGCCCGGAGGUGCCUGCCAAAGACCCAGCAGUGGCUACUUCGACGUCCUCGAUCCGCCGAGACUCGGUCCAGUCGCCGCCUCCAGAGGCAAAGGAGACACCUAAGCAGCCGACGGUCGAGCCUAUCGAGCAACCGAAUAGCCCCGUGCCGCCACCCAAAGACUUGACGGCUCCCGUUGUAGCGACGGUCGAGGCGGACGAGCAUCAUGUCGUGCCAGAGAGCCCGAAAUCGCCAAAGGCCAUGUUCCAGGCCAAUAAGGAGAAGUCUGGGCUGCGGAAGCUGUUCGCCCGGAAGCAGCGGGCAUCCAAGCUACCAGACAACGCUCCCGCCGACGUGAAUGAGAUGCUGCGACAAAGUCAACAAACUCCAGAGCCUGCUGUGCAGCAGACGCCAACCCCAGCGGCUACACCGUCGCGAUCCAUCGAUGAGGAGGCAGCCGCGCGGAGCUCGGUUGAACCGUCCACCCCAGCGGCACCUAUCCCUCACGAGCUGGUGACCCCUCCGGCUCAUGAGCCUGAUGUGUCCAAAGCGGCUGUGCAGGCGCGGUCGGACGGCGCCGCCGCCGAGGCACAAGAGGAGUUCUCUCGCUUCGACCAAGGACCUUUAGCCGACCAGCCUGCAUUUGUGCCCGAGGACGACGAGGACGACGCCACACCUCCCCCAAUCGCGCGUCAUCCUGUCCGUCAAGCAUCGCCCGCUGCGCCAGAGACGCCAAAAGAGGAGCUUAGCCACAGUGCUAGCCCUGGCGUACAGGGCCGAUGGGCUCAGAUCCGGAAGAACGCGGCGCACAGGGCAGCGACACGCCCCAGGGAAGACAGUACGAAAGUCAGCCCCGCCCGAGCCGGCGAUGGCGGCGACGACGAUACAAGUGGAGAAGAGACAAUCGAGUCGAGAGUCGCUCGCAUCAAGGCUCGAGUUGCCGAACUGACGGGCAAUAUGGAAGACAGCAGUGCGCCCCAGGGAGCACAGAACCGCCGUUAGAGACGAUCGCCUUUCAAAGCAAAGGGGGCCGGCGAACAACUGGGCAGCUGAUUCGUCUCACCUCAAGCCGGAAGCAGUUUCGACGGUCACAGCCAAACCCCUCCACCAAUGCCGACUCUCGGCGCGACUUGUUGUUUUGUGACGUUUUGGCCCACCACACAUAAUGCGAACUAUCGCGUCUCGUUUGUCCGGGCUUGAUUUCGGCCAGCUUUGUCGCUUUUUCUCUUUCGAUCACACAUGAUACCACGGACGGCAGACACGGUCAUGGGAGCCAAAGCCGAGUUAUCGGAGGAUUUGAUACCAGCAGUGUCGAGGCUUGUCUUUUUCGUUUGGCUUCUGUCCGGAACCCCCCCGAUGCCCCUUUUGCUAUUGCUGUCAUUCUUCUUUACUUUACGCUCUCGGGCGAUUAAUCCAUCGCCAUGAAGCCCCGUUUCCUCUCUCUGCCCGGGGGAGAGCAGUCGAGGUUUACACCAAAAUGGGAAGACGGUGACACGGAUCACAAGCUUGCUGUUUAAGGGAAUUUGAUACGUAGAUGCCAGAGAAUGGAAUCCUAUACGCGUGGGUGCGCGCUCGUUUCUCUUUACAUUGUAAUGUGUAGUGUGUAGAUUUUAUCAUCCAUUUCAGAGCUCUCGUGGUUUUCUCUUCA